UAAUCAAUUUUGCUCCUACUCUGCACUCUGAUAUCGGCAUAAGAAAGACAGAGAAGGGAGAGAGGCCUCCAUAGUUCUUUGUUCUUUGUUCUUAUUCUAUUCUCUUCCUUCUUCAACCCAAGUCAUGAGCAACGAAGAAUUAGCCUAUGAUUUCUCUCCAAUAAUUAAAGUAUACAAAGAUGGUCGAGUUGAAAGACUCAAAGGCACAGACAUAGUUCCUCCAUCAACAGAUCCCAAAACUGGCGUCCAAUCAAAAGACGUUGUGAUCUCACAAGAACCAGCCAUAUCUGCAAGGCUUUACAUCCCAAAAUCAACCACCGCCACCACCACCACAAGCGCACCCCAAACCAAACUCCCUCUUCUCAUUUACUUUCAUGGAGGCGGCUUCUGCAUUGGAAGUUCAUCUUCUUCAACAUAUCACAGCUACCUCAACGCCUUAGUCUCUGAGGCCAAUGUUGUUGCUGUCUCUGUUGACUAUAGGCUUGCCCCAGAGCACCCUCUGCCAGCUGCAUAUGAUGAUUCAUGGGCUGCUCUCAAAUGGGUUGCUUCCCAUUCUGAUGGAAACGGCUCUGAAGAUUGGCUAAAUAGAUUUGCAGAUUUCCAGCGUGUGUUUUUCGCUGGGGACAGCGCUGGGGCUAAUAUAACACACAACAUGGCUGUGAAAUCGGGGUCUGUGAGAUUGGUUGGUGUUAAGUUGAUUGGGAUUGUUUUGGUGCAUCCGUACUUUUGGGGCACAGAGCCAGUUGGGGCAGAGUUAACUACUCCUGCAGAUGCAAGAGAGUUUAUGGCUGCUGUGUGGCGUUUUGCUUGCCCCUCGACUAGUGGAUCCGACGACCCGGUUUUAAACCCGGGUAAGGAUCCAAAAUUGAAGCAAUUGGGUUGUGUGAAAGUGCUGGUUUUUGUUGCUGAGAAAGAUGUGUUGAAAGAUAGAGGAUGGCAUUACAGUGAGACACUGAAAAGGAGCGGGUGGAAUGGGGAUGUGGAGGUCAUAGAAGCAGAGGGGGAGGGGCAUGUGUUCCAUUGGAUCAAUCCCACUUGUGACAAUGCUGUCGCCAUGGAGAAAAAGAUUGUUGCUUUCUUGAAUUAGAGUAAUUUGCCUGAAACUUGGGUGUAGUUAGAGAUUUGUGGUUUUCCAUUGUUGUAUGUUUUAUAUAUGUUUCUUGGUUGAAUAAAACAUUCUGAUGUUAAAUA